GCUCGGCUUUGCAAUAAAGAUUGAUGAAAUUCGAAAGUCGCAGGGUGAUGACGCACGAGGCAGCGAUGGCGAGUACGAAGAAGAGCACAACUCUCUCGUCGCUGGCGGCCUACGGAGACGAUUCAGAACAGGAUUCUGACGCCGAAAAUGUUGAGAGAGAUGAACGCGGUGGCCUCGUUUCAGCUGGAUACGGAGAAGAUGACGUGAGCCGUGUUGAAGAAGACGAUAAGGCCUCCUUGGAUCUGAACAGUGGUGACAGCUCCAGGAACUCGGAAGAGGAGGAGUCAGAAACUGAAGUCCAUGAAGCUGGCGAUGGAAAGGAGCUCUACGAUGGAGAGAGGAGGGACACAAAUGAGCUGGUUGCUCAGUUUUCAGAAAGGGUACGGAAUAUGUCUCCAGACGAAAUACGAAUACCACCUGAGCCUACAGGUCGCUGCUCCAACCAUUUGCAGGAGAAGAUACAGAAGCUGUAUGAUAGGAAGUUACAUGGCGACUUUGACACCAACAGCCACAUUCAGAAGAAAAAGGAAUUCCGUAAUCCUAGUAUCUAUGAGAAACUUAUCCAGUUUUGUGGGAUUGACGAACUUGGAACAAACUAUCCAAAGGACAUGUUUGAUCCCCACGGUUGGUCCGAGGAUUCCUACUAUGAAGCUCUAGCUAAAGCUCAAAAAAUAGAAAUGGACAAAUUAGAAAAAGCAAAAAAGGAGAGAACAAAGAUCGAGUUUGUCACGGGUACUAAAAAGGGGACGACCACCAGCACGGCGACCACCACGACCAACACAGCCAGCACUACAGUGGCAGACGCACAGAAGCGGAAAAGCAAGUGGGACUCGGCUGUGCCAGUCACAGUCCCUCAGCCAACCAUCCUCACCACCACGGCCACACUGCCUGGCGUUGUUUCGGUGACGACGACUGCCAGUGGCACCAAGACAACCGUCAUAUCGGCUGUUGGGACAAUAGUGAAGAAGGCAAAGCAGUGACAAGGGUGACCUCGAACUUUUGUGGCAGGCCUACAGACUUUAUUUGGUGUUUAUAGCCGACGAUCAGAAACAGAUUUUUGACCUUUGGACAUGACAUGCAUGAUAUCAGUGACUGCACGCGGAUACUUCACCGUCGUUUAAUUUAAUUUAUACAACGCAGAAACCGAGCAGGUCAGCGGAGGCCAUCACACCAUCCCUUUAGGAAUUUGGGAGGUGAAGUAGAUUGCUAUUUUUAAAGGUAAGCGUUUUCAAGCUUAACAUUUUGUAUCGAAAAUAUUGCAGAUGUGUUAUUCUUACAAAAAAAAUUAAAGUGUUUGUCACACUG